AUGUCUGCAAACAAUUUGUUUUUUCUUCAUCCAUUAGAAAUAACACAAUCAGUAUUAAAAGCGUACGUUGAUCUACGAACGGCACAAACUGCACGCACAUUAUACGCUGUAGAAAAGAGAAAAAAUACAGAAAAAAACAAAAAAUUAGAGGCUCAAAAACGAUUUAAAGCAAUGCUAGGAAUCCAUUCAGUUGGAGGAAUACUUUCAUUGCUUGAUGAAAAAGAAACGAGCCUACAAAUACACGCGUUAAAGAACCUAAAAGAACUAGUAGAUCAGUUCUGGCAUGAAAUUGCAGAUGAAAUAUCGAAAAUUGAAACGCUUUAUGAAGAUGAAACGUUUCCUCAACGCCAAUUAGCAGCACUUGUUGCUUCAAAGGUGUAUUAUCAUUUAGGGGAAUACACGGAAUCGGCAACGUUUGCUUUGGGUGCGGGAGAAUGGUUUGAUCUUUCAUCAUCAUCAGAAUAUGUUGAAACAAUUAUUUCAAAAUUCAUUGAUACAUAUAUUGAAAAGAAUUUUCAAAAAUACGAAGAUCCUAAUGUUGAAAUAGAUCCAAGAUUAAUAAUAGUUGUGGAGAAGAUGUUUAAAAAAUAUCUAGAGAAUAAGCAAUGGAAACAGGUUCUUGGGAUUACAUUAGAAGCUCGAAGACUUGAUAUCAUUGAAGAUAUUAUGAACAAAAACGAGGAUGGAUCUUUAAAAAAUUAUCUUCUGGAUGUUGGAAUAAGCCUUAUACAAAAUUUAGACUUCAGAAAUAAAGUUUUAAGUCUUUUACUUAACUUAUUUUUAAAAGAAAAGCAACCUGAUUAUUUUUCUGUAAUCAAGUGUGUUGUUCAUUUAGGCGAUAGCCAUAUUGCAGCAAAAAUUCUGCAAAAUCUUACUUUAAAAAAUGAUGAGAAGAGUUUACUUAUUGCAUAUCAAAUAGCAUUUGAUUUGAAUAGUUAUGCUACACAAGAAUUUUUACAAAAAGUUUCUCAAAAUCUUGAACAGUUAUUAGCAGAAUCAAAAAAUGAACAAAAUACUGCAAACAUGGAUCUAGAAAAUCUCAUUAUUUCAAGAAUCAAAUCCAUUCUUGGAGGGGAAGAAUCCGUUAAGCUUUAUAUGAAAUUUCUAUCUCAAAACAAUCGUGCUGAUAAUCAAAUACUAGUAAAGACAAAAGAUUCCCUUGAUGCUAGAAACUCCAUUUUUCACUGUGCUGUUACAUUUUCAGUAGCAUUUAUGAAUGCAGGAACAACAUCAGAUAAAUUUUUUAGGCAAAAUCUUGAUUGGUUAUCUAAAGCAAUUAAUUGGUCAAAAUUUAGUGCUACAGCAGCUUUGGGUGUAAUUCAUCGAGGUGAUUUAUCACAAGGGAUGUCUCUUCUAGCACCAUAUCUUCCACAAGAAGGCGUAUCAGGUUCUCCAUACUCCGAAGGGGGAUCAUUAUUUGCUUUAGGUCUUAUUCAUGCCAAUCAUGGAAAAUCUGUACUUGAUUUUCUAAGAAAUCAACUAAGAAGUACUCAAGUGGAAACUAUUCAACAUGGCGCUGCUUUAGGAUUAGGUGUUGCUGGAAUGGCUACAGGAAAUGAAGAAAUAUACGAAGACCUUAAAAAUGUAUUAUUUACUGAUAGCGCUGUAGCAGGAGAGGCUGCUGGAUUAGCAAUGGGACUUGUGAUGCUUGGAACAGCAUCUCCUAAAGCUAUUGAUGAGAUGCUGCAAUAUGCUCAUGAAACACAACAUAAAAAAAUAAUUCGUGGUCUUGCUCUUGGAAUUGCAAUGCUUAUGUACGCUAAAGAAGAAACAGCAGAUGUACUUAUUGAUCAACUUUGCUCAGAUUUAGAUCCUAUUUUACGCUAUGGAGGUAUUUAUACUAUUGCAAUGGCUUAUUGUGGAACAGAAAACAAUAAAGCCAUUAAAAGACUACUUCAUACUGCUGUUAGUGAUGUUAAUGAUGAUGUUAGAAGAGCAUCAGUUAUUUCACUUGGUUUUAUUUUACUAAGAAAUUCUUUUACUUUACCAAGAAUGAUAGAAUUAUUAAGCGAAAGUUAUAACCCUCAUGUAAGAUAUGGAGCAGGGCUUGCACUUGGAAUCGCGUGUGCUGGAAGUGCUAUGCCUGAUGCUCUUGAUCUUUUAGAACCAUUAUCAAAAGAUCCAUCUGACUUUGUUCGUCAAAGUGCUCAUAUAUCUACAGCCAUGAUAUUAAUACAACAUAACGACCAAUCAAAUCCAAGAGUUGCUAGUUUUAGAAAACAACUUGAAAAAAUUAUUUCUGAUAAACAUGAAGAUGCUAUGGCUAAAUUUGGAGCAGCACUUGCACAGGGGAUAUUAGAUGCUGGAGGAAGGAAUGUUACUAUAGGUUUACAAUCUAUUACUGGUAGUUUAAAUAUGGUAGCUAUUGUAAGCACUGCAAUUUUUACCCAAUUUUGGUAUUGGUUUCCUUUGACACAUUUUCUUUCUCUUUCUUUUACUCCCACAGCAUUGAUAGGUUUAAAUAAAGAUCUAAAGGUCCCAAAAUUUAAAUUCAUAUCAAAUGCAAAACCAAGCUUGUUUGCUUACCCUCCAGAAACUAAAAAAGAAACAGAUAAAGGCCCAGGAAAAGUUGCUACAGCAGUAUUAUCAACAACAGCUAAAGCUCAAGCCAGAGCCAAAAAAACAGAAAAGGAAAAGUUAAUUAAGGAAAAUGAAGAAGAUACUAUGCAAAUGGAUACUAAUUUUCAUGAUACAAUAGAAUCUAUACCAGAAAACAUGAAUAUUGAUGAAGUAAAAGAAAGUCCAAAUGAAACUAUCAAAGAAAAAAAUAUAGUAAAAGAAGACGAACCCCAAUUUGAAAUAUUGCAAAAUAUGAGUAGAGUGACCUUUUCCCAAUUUAAAUAUAUUUCAUUUAAAGAUGAUUCACGUUAUAUACCUGUGAAAAAACCUACUGGUGGAAUAUUGAUGAUGAUGGAUAAAUGUCCUAAUACGCCGGAAUCUUUUAUUGAUUCAGAUUUUGAAGAAAAAUCAGAUAAAGAACAAAAAGAAUUAGAAGCAGAGCCACCAGAGCCUUUUGAAUAUAAAGGAUUUACUGACUAA